GCGGAAGCCUUUUUAAAGUCAAACAACUUGGGGUCUUGCCCGAAAACGUAAUAAGCAUUAAAGUUAAUUAAAUAAAGCAUAAUCAACAGAUUAAAGAGACAGCCACGCCAUCGUACAUCUCCUCCUCAAUGCCCUCUGGGAUCGGCUCUAGGUUCAUCUAAGUUAAUCAUGUAAUACAAAAGUUGAGCUAGUUAAUACACUUUGUUCCAACAUGGUAUCGGAGCCAGUUGCUAUAGCUUUAAGCAAUCUACUUCUUAUCUUCAAUUUUCUCUCUCACACAAUUUUACGGUUCCAAAUUCUUCUCGCCAUCUUCGAUUUGGACUCCUAAAGAUUUUCUGCGAUGAAGGAAUUGAAUCGCCGAUUCACCUAUUAUCUCAUGUCCCAACUGGUUCAUCUCUUCGCGCUGGUAGAUUCUGCGUCCGAUUAUAGUUGAGCAGAUGGUGAAUCGACUCCUCCGCCAAGCUUAGAUUUGGACUCGAUCAAAUCCGUGAAACAGAUGGAACGGCAAGUUUCUCUUCUAAAUCUCAUCCGAUUUCGUAUUCAGUGAAACAUCUGGAGUCGCGUUCGAGAUUUAUGCCGGCCCCUGCAUCAAAGACGUCCUCGUCCGCUCGGUUUAUUUCCUCCUCAGUAGCCACCGUGAUUCUGUCACGAAAUCCGUCGGGAUUCUGACUUGCAUCCCCAUCCAGAUAUAGCGCCUCUCUGUCAGAGGUCUCAAUAGGCUCCAGCCUGGUUCAUCUCACCGCACUCUCGUUGUAGGUCAUGACCUUCGUGUUGAGAGUUGUCACUCUACACCGGAACAUCGCGAUUCAUGGCUUGAAUGGGAUUCUCACCUGUAGAUCUCGUGCUCUCAUGAUGAUGAACUGGUGCUGCAGCCGGCACCUUCAAAAUCCAAUUUCACCAUGGCGAAAUUGAAUUCCCUUGUCUCACAUCGUUUAAAGAAGGCCGUAGCAGUCCACAUCAAUGGAUGUCAAAGUGGAAAAAAACUUCAACUUGACGCCAUCUCUAUCUAUUCAUAUCUCUAAUUCAGGUAGUGUUCAUUAUCUUGCGCUCCAUGGAAUGCAAAUCAGAUUCAUCAUUAUUGAAUGCAAAAUUGUAACUAUUGCAUUUGAUUUUCUGUCUUCAAUUAAACCAAUUUUAUCACAUGAAUAUCAUUGCCAAUCUCAUUUCAUCAUCAUCAGAUUUCAUCACAUAUUCAAUAAAUUCAAAACAUAUUCCUCAUUAUGACUUUGCCAUCUAUAUUUCAUUUCCAUCAUCACAAGUGAUCCCUAUUGAUCCUUUAUUCAUUAUGUUGGUUCUCAGACUGAGUAUCCAACUUCAUUUUCAUUCUCAUGACUGGAAUGUUUAGCUCGAUCAUUUUCAUUCACUUCUGUGUAAUUUAGAAGUUUCAUCAUUGUUUAGUUUCACUAAAUCGGUUGGAUUGAGUUUCACUCGUAUCGCUUUGAUCAAGUUUCACUUUCAUCAUCAUUCGAUUUCCGGUUGAUUUCAUCAAAUGUUUUUGUCAAUUGAUUUCAUUUCAUCAUUUGAUUUUUUCGUGUGAAUUCAUCAAUUAAUUUGUCAUCUCAUCUUCAUCAUUGAUUGUGUAUGGUUCGCUUUUCUGUUCAUUCUAGAGAAUCGUGGCAGCCAUUGCGGGCACAUCAUUGUUUUCAAUCACCUCUUGUCUUCAAAUUUCAUCUCUGAAUCUAGGAAUGAUUCUAUCUACAAUAAAAAACAUUACUUUUCCCAUUCAACAGAGAGUUGUACCUCUCAAUUUUAGAACCAAGGGCCUUCAAAUUUCAUAAGUUGCCAAGCCUGAAUUCUUGAAACUAUGAAGACAAUUUGCUCCACUGUUAUGUAGCGUGCAGUGACUUCAAUACCUCUGUCUCUAGCAAAUUCAAGUUCAUAGAUCUCAGAGCUGAUUCUCUUAACACCGUCAAUAUCGUGAUGGGGGCUUGAGGCAUUUGGCAUAACUUUGAGGAAGAUUCAGACUCUGAUGGCCUCAAAGGUUUUAAGAAAGUGGUAUUUGAUCAGCUUUAUAAGAUUGCUAACAUGCCAUUCUUGGGAGAACAUAAGAGCAAAUUCCUAGAUGUACUUGAAAAGGCAGAGAAACAUCCUAAGAUCACAAUAGGAGUCAUUAUAGUUUCUCUAGUAGUAAUUGUCCUAACAGCAUUGUUCAAGCUUCUAUUUGGUGGAAAGAAGCAAUUACCUAUGAAACUUGUCGAAGAAUAAAGAAGAGCGACGCUUUCGAAUCUUCUCUCCUUCUUUUUGGCUGAGCAGCAACCAUCUCUUAGUCUUCUUUGUCAAUAGGAUUGUCAUUCUCCUUAGCCGCAGCAGAUACCUUUUACAUUCUAACUGGGAAAAAAAGUAAAGACAAAUCUUUUAACAUGUGAUAUUAUUUUUGUCUUUGAAAGGCUUAUGUUUAGUGAUAGUGAAAACUAUUUUAUUUAGAGUGACGAUAAUCGACAAUUUUGUUGUAUUACAAAUAUUAUAUGCAAACAAGUGUUACAUAACAUUUAGAUUAUUGGUGUUGUAUUUAGGUGCCCUAGCAGCAAUCAAAUACCUAUGUAACUGUACACUUUAUCAUGAAUGAAAGGCCUUGAAGUGUGUAAUUUUCGGCCAUCACAAAGAAGAGAGAAGAAAAUUAUAUUUUGUGUUCAAAGUUAUUUUUCUAAAGUGUUAGAAAUAUACACAAAAUAUUAUAAACAAAUAUUUAUAAGAUAAAUAUUUUACUAUAUAUUUAUUACUCCCAAAGUAGUAUUAUUAUAGUUUUUACUAUCCUAUAUUAAACUUGCUAGCACAAGUUUAAUCUUGGACUCCGGAGCAAGUUCGUGUGGAUACGUUGGAGGCUUCAUACGUUUGGCGCUACGUUCAUCUCCUCAAAACCAUCCCCGACCGUUCCUCCAUUCUCCGUUUUCACCGUUAAGGUAAAUUUCUUACUAUAGCUAGUAAUUUACGUAAGUUGUUCUUGGGUGGAAUCGAGUUUUGGACUAUAAAUUUUGUUUUCGCUGCGUUAUCCAAGCCUCGUUUCCCAACAAUUGGCACUCCAAAUAAAAUAGUUUUGACUAUGUGAUAGAAUUUAGGAUGGGGUAGUGAUAACAGGAUUAGGCAAUAAGACACUUGGGUUGAACCACAUUAAAAGAUUGAAUCCAAUUGAUUAGUUCGUUCAACUCAAGAGCUUAUAUACCGAUUAUUUUGCUCAUGAACUUUCGAUGUGGGAUGACACUCUAACACUCCCCUUCAAGUGGACAAAUGGACCAUUUUGAAUCUAACCGUUUGACUACUUGCAAAUAAACUCUCAUUCUUUUG